CUCCAGAUCAGCACUUCAAGCCUUGCAAGCACCAGUUUCCCUCUCCAGUCGACCGCCAGCACCAGCAAGUUUUCCUUGGGAACUCCUGGUGUAUAUAAUCGAUUCAAUUUACAAAAGAAGAAACAAAGAAAGAAUUGUUCACUGCUACUUCGGCUUUUCCGUGUAAGUGACGCAAUCGAUCAGCGCAUUUCCGCAUACAACACGAUGUCUGCCUCUCCAUCCACGCUCCCGUCGACCAAGCGUCCCUUGGAGGAUCCAUCCUCUCCCUCUGGCCCAAAUGAUCAGCCCGAGGCCAAGCGUCCUGCGCUGGACAAAGUAGUCAAGAGCGAUGAGGAGAGUAAGAAGCUCGACGCCGAUGCUUCUGCCACUGCGAAGACUGAAGCUCCUGCCACGGCGACCAACAAUGAUGCCCAGGAUACCCAGGGCGAUACCGUGGUACCUGAUGCUCCUAACGGAAAAGCAUCUGCGACUGCUCCUGAGACCCAGCCCAUCCAGUCCACUGCUUCUCAUGCCGAAAGAUCUGGCUCCCAGCCCCCUCAGCAUCACACCCCCCAGGACGAGACUGGAUGGAUCCAUAUCCGUGCUGUUAUCUCUAGCCAGGAGGCAGCUACUUGCAUUGGCAAGGGUGGUGAGAAUGUGUCCCAGAUCCGCCGUCUGUCUGGUGCCAAGUGCACUGUCAGCGACUACUCUCGUGGUGCAGUUGAACGUAUCUUGACCGUAAGUGGAGCUCAGGAUGCCGUAGCUAAGGCCUUUGGUCUUAUCAUCCGUACCCUUAACAAUGAGCCUCUUGAAGCCCCCUCUACUGCACAGUCCAAGACCUACCCUCUUCGCCUCCUUAUCCCUCACAUUCUGAUCGGUUCCAUUAUCGGCAAGGGUGGUGUCCGCAUUCGUGAGAUCCAGGAAGCCUCUGGCGCACGUCUGAAUGCCUCUGACGCUUGCCUUCCCUUGUCUACCGAACGUUCCCUCGUCAUCCUCGGUGUUGCUGAUGCUGUGCACAUUGCAACUUACUAUGUUGCUGUUACCCUGGUUGAGCAGCUCACUGAGCGGUUUGGAGGUCCGGCUGCAUCUGCGUAUGCCACGCGGAGCGGUGGUCCAGCUGGCGUGGUCCCUGGUGGCAUGCAAGUCGUGCCCUAUGUUCCUCAGCCGGCUGGCGGUCAGUAUGGCCAUCCUGACACCUUCAAGAGACACCACGCUCAACCCCAUCGGGCUGCGGCCGGUGCGUAUGGUGUCCCCUACCUUCACGGACAGCCUGUUCCUACCCCAGUUGCUCAGCCAGCUCUACACUACGGAGCUUCACCUCGUACUCCUUAUGCCGGCGCUGGUCCCCAUCAACCCACUCCUUAUGGCGCACCUACAUCUGUUCAACCCCACGCUCCUACUGCUGCUGUUCCCGCGGCUGGCGUCGUCCCUGGACAGCCAAUGACCCAGCAGAUCUACAUCCCUAACGACAUGGUCGGUGCUAUCAUCGGUAAGGGUGGUGCUAAGAUCAACGAGAUCCGGCACUUGAGUGGCAGUGUGAUCAAGAUCAACGAGCCGCAAGAUAACAGCAACGAGCGUCUGGUGACCAUCACUGGUACCCAGGAGUGCAACCAGAUGGCUCUUUACAUGCUGUAUUCCAGACUUGAAAGUGAAAAGCACCGUAUCUAGAAGUUUCAGUUGGCUUACUCUUUAUUGGGUCGGUAUCUGCAAAAGUCUUAUACGGUUUUGCACGCUUCUAUGGUCUCUUUCCUCUCCCAUUUUUUUGAUGGCUGCGUUUCGGCGUAUUCUUGCUUUUUGCCUUUGUAUUCUACUGGAGAGACGUUUACCGAG